GGUGAGGGGCAUGGAGAGCAGGCAGAGGAGGUAUCACCAGAGGAGGUGCCACGAGAGGAGGUACCACAGGAAGAGGUCCGAGGUACUCAGCGAGAGAGAGGGUUGGGCGAUGAGGGGAGACGUGCGUGGAAGGAAGUGAUAGAGGUUGGAGAGGACACGCCCCCACAGACGCCAGCAGUGGGUUUGAGACUCGGGGAUGCACCAGGGAGCACCCGGCAGGCAGGGGAGGGGUUGCAGAGAGAGGAGACCCCUUUACCUUCGUCAGAAAAGGCUCCUUCGCCAGAAGGGAGGGCAGAAAGGAGGAGAGAGAGGACAACUGUAAGGAGAGAAGCUUUGAUCCUGAUUGAUAGGCACCUAGCAGCUCAUUCCCUGGAGCACCCAGACCUGGAGGAGCCAGCACCUGCAGAGCCACGCCAGGAGUUAUGCCAGCCCGAGAAGGAGAUGGAAGCAGAAAUCCGAAAGAGGGUCGACCUCCGCACGAGGGAAAGGGUGCCAGCUGGAAAGACGGCUGAAGAAAAGAGGGCGAGACGAACCAGGCGGAUAGAUAUGAUAUGGCAGGAGAGACUGAGGUUGGAGGCAGCGGGGGAGCUCCAGGAGCAGCAGCAGGAGAGGCAGAGAUCGGAGGCAGCAGGAGCACUCCCGGGUCAGCCACCCGGCGCGCCAGCCAAGGCCCCGGAGAUUUCUGAGAUGUGGAGAGACUUCUGGGAGCAGAAAGGGGAGGAACUUCCAUCGCCAGUCAGAACCGGGUUUGGGGUGGCCAGGAAGGCGGAAGAAAGGUUAGAUCGUAAAAUCAAGUUCCUGGCCAAGACCACUUUUGACCGGCAUUUGUUAUUGGAGGGCGAUCUGGCGGGGAAGAAAAUGAAGGAAGUCAGCCAUGGAGUACGUCUGGAGGCUAUGGAGAUGGAAAUUCAGGAACUUAGGACUUUGGUGGCCAGCGAGGCAGCUAUCAUUGAGAGCCUGAGGCAGCAAACCCAGGGAAAGGUGGGCAGACCAGAGAGCAGCCGGCAGGGAGAGCAGAGGCAGCCAUGACAGGGAUUGCCAGGACAACCAUCUGCGACAGAGCCUUGCCAAGAG